AUGUCCUCCUCGACCACUGCCGCAAAACCUCGCAAACGGUUUGUGGGCACAAAGUCUUCGAAGCCGUCAAAACCCGGUGUUGCGUCCGUUAUAUCGAACCAAAUCCCGCAGGAUAUCCUCGAGAAUGCCAAAUUGAACGCCGCGAUCCAAUCACUUCCCUCGAAUUACUCUUUCGAGAUCCAUAAAACCAUCCACCAUGUCAGGAAGAAUAACGCGAAGAUUGUUGGACUGCAGAUGCCCGAGGGCUUGCAGAUGUUUGCUUGCACGAUCUCGGACAUCAUAGAGCGAUUCACUGAUGCGCUGACUGUGAUCAUGGGCGACGUUACCUACGGUGCAUGUUGUGUCGACGACUAUACGGCUGUUGCACUAGGCUGCGAUAUGCUUGUUCAUUAUGGACAUAGCUGCCUUGUUCCGAUGGAUCAAACAACUAUCAAGACACUCUACGUGUUUGUGGAGAUAGGGAUCGACUCAACACAUCUUGUGCAGACAAUCCGAGCCAAUUUUCCGGAUACUCGAAAUGAGUUUCACGAGGCAUUGCUGGACGAUGAAGAGGCAAGGAGCAAAAUUGCUGAGGCAACUCGUCUGGCCUUGGUGUCCACUAUUCAAUUCGUCGCUGCGCUACAACACCUGAAAGAGCAGCUGACCAUACUCAACACUGGAAGAUACGAUGUCACCAUUCCCCGUGCGAAGCCCUUGUCUCCCGGCGAGAUCUUGGGGUGUACUGCACCUCAGCUAGGCGAUGUGGAUGCGAUAUUAUAUCUCGGGGACGGUCGCUUUCAUCUUGAGUCCAUAAUGAUCGCCAAUCCCACUGUUCCUGCUUUCAGAUACGAUCCAUAUUCCAAGAAAUUGACUAGGGAGCGAUACGACCAUAAAUACAUGCAGGACACGAGGAACGACGCUGUGGUCACUGCCAAAUCAAGUAUACAACGCCUAACACAUUCACCUGACGGUCACGACGACCAAACAUUUUCUAGUAUGUGGGGCGUCAUGUUAGGAACUCUUGGGCGCCAGGGUAAUUUCAAGCAGCUUCAAGCCAUUACUCGUCAACUUGAAGCUUCACAGACGCCGAUCCCCUACGUACCCAUCCUUCUCUCCGAGCUUUCACCAGCGAAGCUGGCCUUGUUCAACCCAUACAUCUCGACAUUCGUGCAAACAUCUUGUCCACGUCUAUCCAUAGAUUGGGGCUACGCCUUCGAUAAACCCCUGCUCAGUCCUUACGAAACCGCUGUGGCUGUUGGUCAUAGACAGAGUUGGGUCGACGAGACGUCCUCUGAAGAGACUGGAAGAAGAUCGGCCAUAGGUACCUACCCUAUGGACUUCUACACGGCAGGGAGUCCCUGGGCAAUAUCAAGAACUAAAGGCGAAUUCUAA